GUCUGAUCCAAAGCAGGAGAGAAAUGCACCAUUUUCAGCUCCAAGAAGAUUAAAAGAGUUAGCAUUGAAACAUGUCAAUGCCACUGGCGGCCUCUAGCUUCUCCUUAUGUCCAGGGUCUGGUCUGAGGAACCUCCAUGAAUGCUCCACAAAGCAUGAUUACAAGACAAGGUCUUGUGGGAAUGGUUUGAAGGGAUCAUUUCAUUUUUAUGGUGAUGCUCACAUGGUUUUCAAAAGAGGAAGAAGAUUGAGGCAGGAGAUCGUUUCAGUGAGUAAAGCAUACCAUUCUGAAAAUGCGCAUGAGGAGGGAAAGGAAGAGGUUACAAAAGCAACCUUGAUAUGGAGAGCAAUCAAGUUGCCAAUUUACUCUGUUGCUUUGGUUCCAUUGACUGUAGGUAGUGCAGCAGCCUAUUUGCAAACAGGCCUAUUUUUAUCUAGGCGUUAUUUUCUUAUCUUGGCUUCUUCGGUCCUCAUUAUAACUUGGCUCAAUUUAAGCAAUGAUGUUUAUGAUUUUGACACGGGGGCAGAUAAGAACAAAAAAGAAUCAGUCGUAAACUUGGUUGGCAGCCGUUCUGCUGCCAUUAUUGCUGCCUACUUGUCACUUUUCCUAGGCUUUUUUGGGCUGACUUGGGCAUCUGCAGAUGCAAGAAACAUGCGUUCAAUAUUAUUACUGUCCUGUGCAAUUAUUUGUGGUUAUAUAUAUCAGUGCCCACCAUUUAGGUUAAGCUACCAAGGAUUGGGUGAGCCCUUAUGCUUCGCAGCUUUUGGCCCAUUUGCUACCACAGCAUUUUACCUGUUGCUGGGAAGCACAAGUGGCAUGACUUCCCUUCCCUUAACUGGCACUGUUCUUUCUGCUUCAUUCCUCAUAGGCUUCACGACAUCCCUGAUUCUUUUUUGUAGCCACUUUCAUCAGAUUGAAGGGGAUCUGGCUGUUGGAAAAAUGUCACCAUUGGUCAGGCUGGGUACUAGGAGGGGUUCUGCAGUAGUGAAAGGGGCAGUCAUGACACUAUAUACUCUAUUAUUUGCUUCUGGUCUAAGCAGAGCUCUGCCACUCAGUUGCAUUGUUUUAUGUGCUUUGACAUUACCCAUUGGGAAACUGGUAGUUAGAUUUGUUCAAGAGAACCACUUGGUGAGCAUUAAACUUUUACAUGAUGCCUCCGAAGAGAGUGCCAAAGAUGCAAAAGAGAAAAACAAUUGAACCUAUGCAAAUGCUCUGGUUGGAUCACUUAACUGCCACCCAGAAUGGUGUUUCAAUGCACUGCAAUUAGUUAUCCUCUGGAUUAUGGAAUUGAUGAAGGGGGUCCAGUUUAUGUUUAGAUUUUCCCGAGUUUUCUCUUCUGUUUCUUAUGGUACUUUAUUCUUGCAGGACGAAGGGAAGAUUUUCAUGGCAAAAUAUUAU